GGAGGAGCAGGAGGAGGGGAGUGUGAGCGGGAGUCUGUGGAUGGAUGUGACAGUCAGCGGCCACAUGGCCUCAUCACACCCGGCCCACUGUAUCUGCGUAAAGCUGCGCGCACCGGAACACAAAAUGGUUCCUGUCUGCGCGGCGGAUGAUCCGGUGAACGGACCGAAGCUCCGCUGACUCUCAGCCUGAUUUCAGACGCGGAGGCAUUUUAGGAUUCAGCUUUCAGAGAUGAGGAGCAGAAUAAAACGGAUCUGUGUGCGCACCCUCCCGGCGCACAUCUCCAUCUACCAGUGCGCAGUAAUUGAAAUGGCGCAUUUGGCCUCGGGCUGUUGGAAGGGCAUAAUGCAUGACGAUAGACGUCAUUUGGCUCCAGAGCCAGAGGGAUGUUUGAUGCUGCUAAAAUGUACGAGCAGUCGGGGACAGAGUCGCGGACGUGCGGAGCCGCAGCUGCAUAUUUAAACACGGAGGAAGCGGAGCUGCUGAUUUUCUCUGUGGAGACGACAGGACGGAUUUCUGUUUGAUGGAUAAAACAUUCUUGUGAUAAAUCAGCCCACAUCUCUGCGACAGCUCGCGCUCCUCUCCCCGGCUGACAGGAACGAGUUGGGGCGAGAGAGAAAGAACAAACCGCCCGCAUUAUUGUAACCUAAUCCUGGCCCCCGGGGGUCUGAAGGGCCCCGGGCCAGACUCCUCUUUCAGCCCUCCUCUUUAUUCUUUCGGAGACACGGACGGGCUUGUUUUGCUGCUUCUGCUACACACACACACACACACACACACACACACACACACACACACACACACACACACACACACACACACACACACACACACACACACACACCGGAGGACAGAGACAGACUGACGAGGACGUGAAGUGAACCGGUAUCAUCACAUUUCAAACCCCGGGACGGAGCAGACAGACGCCGGUCUCCAUGUCUUCAGUAUCGGUGUCCUCUCAGGAGGGGCGGAGCAUGUCCAGGAUGUCUCUGAGCCGCUCACCUGUGUCCCCCAUGACCGCCCAGGGCAUCCCGUCUCCUGCCCAGCUCACCAAGGCCAAUGCCCCCGUCCACAUCGAUGUGGGGGGGCACAUGUACACCAGCAGCCUGGCAACGCUCACCAAGUACCCCGAGUCCAGGAUCAGUCGUCUGUUUAAUGGCACUGAGCCCAUCGUGUUGGACAGUCUGAAGCAGCACUACUUCAUCGACAGAGACGGAGACAUCUUCCGCUACAUCCUCAGUUUUCUGCGGACCUGCAAACUGCUGCUUCCUGAGGACUUCAAGGACUUCCCCCAGCUGUACGAGGAGGCCCGGUACUACCAGCUGACCCCGAUGGUCCGGGAGCUAGAGCGCUGGCAGGCGGAGCGGGACGCCCAGCGGGCGUCGCCCUGCGAGUGCCUGGUGGUGCGAGUGACGCCCGACCUGGGCGAGAGGAUCGCCCUGAGCGGGGAGAAGGUCCUGAUCGAGGAGAUCUUCCCCGAGACCGGAGACGUCAUGUGUAACUCUGUGAACGCCGGCUGGAACCAGGACCCCACCCACGUCAUCCGCUUCCCGCUCAACGGAUACUGCAGACUCAACUCUGUCCAGGUCCUGGAGCGUCUGUUUCAGAAGGGCUUCAGCAUCAAGGCGUCCUGCGGCGGCGGCGUCGACUCGUCCCAGUUCAGCGAGUACGUCCUGUGUCGGGACCUGCGGCACAGCCCGUCCAUCACCAGCACCCCGAUCCGGAUCAAACAGGAACCUCUGGACUGAAACAGGGACUACAGACUCUCUACACUCACAUCUGGAUCCUGCAGACGCCUCCACAGCUGGCAGGACGUACGCUGAGCUGAGAGACUCUCGGUGACCUUUGACCUCUGCUGUUUUUCAUGUGGAGGCUGGAGUCAUGUGACAGAACCGGACCGGACCCUGAUCAGCUGAUGAUGUGGAUCAUCUGUCCGGUCGUUUUUAUAAACGUGUCCAGAUAAUUUAAUUCUUUUUAUAAAGCGGCCAUUUUGGAAAUGUAUAUUUAAUGUAUUCGUUAGCUUCCUCAGUGUCACACUUUUUCAUUUGUACAGAUGUAUUGAUUAUUGAUUAAAGGGUCUACGACGUCGUGUUUUCAGUCA